AUGAAAUUAGCUGAACCAACAACAAAUGGUGACGGGAAAACGGAUGUUGCAAAUUAUGUAGAAUUUUUACAUAAUGUUCGAAAUUUAAAAGUUCGAGGUGCUCGAGGUUAUGUCGGUACAUCGAAUAUCAUAUGGAAUUCCUUACCAUUUGGUCUUAAUCUAUGCAAAAAUAUCACAGCAUUAUGGAUAAGCGAUUUUGAUGUACGCAUGAUUCAUGACUUAUAUUCGGUGCGUAAUACAUGUAAACGGGUCGUCAUCCAUUAUUCCAUGAAAAAACUUUCAGAUUUCUUCCUAGAACCCAAUGAGAUGUUGCCAUUUGAGAAUCAAGAGAAAUGGUCUUCUCUUGAAGAAGUUGAUUUUUCAUUCAACGAACUUGAAGAGAUUGAUGAAAGCAUUAGUUUGUUAAGUUUGGUAAGGAAGAUGAACUUAUCGCAUAAUCUUCUGCGAGGUAUUGGAGAUCACUUGCAACAUCUCACAAUGUUAACUGAACUUAAUGUUUCACAUAAUGCUAUUGAAGAUUUGGAUUUAUGGUAUAUGAAACUGGGUAAUGUAAAACGCUUGUAUCUUGUUGGCAACAAAAUAUCUGCAUUGAAUGGACUGCAUAAGUUAUAUUCCUUGGAGUUUUUGGAUUUAACCGAUAACGUUAUUGCUUCUCCCGAUGAUAUUCGAGCAGCUGGUAUUCUCCCUUGUUUAGAUCAUCUAAUUUUGCGGGGCAAUCCAAUCCGACAAGUCAUUGAAUACAGAAUAAAAGUUCUAGAGCACUUCGGCGAACGAGCUAUUGAGGUGAAAUUGGACAGCAGGAAACCUGAUCAACGUGAAGUGGAUACGGUAGCAGUUCGUUUAGCAUUACGAAAAGCACGAGAAGAGAAAGAAGAACAGACUCGAAAAAAAGCAUUGGGAAUCGAUGAAAGAACGAAAUAUUUAUCCGACAAAGAUAUAAACUCUCCAAUUUGUUCACUAUAA